AGGAGCGGCAGCAGGAGCGGAGGUUCACGCCGACUCUCCGCUUCAUCGUGACGGGUACACUCCUGCUGCUGCCCCGGGGCAUGCUGGGAUUUACCUGGACACGGAAUCUGAGCGGACCCGGGACUGAUUCUCGGAUGAGUUUUGCCGGUUUUACGGCAGCAGGACCCUUAGACCACCGGUUGAUAGUGGGAGCUGCAGAGGAGAGCAGUCUGCGAGUCUGAGUCUGGACUCACUGUCCGACCGGUUCUGUUUAACCCGCUUUAUUUACCCGGGUUAAGUUAAGCAGGUCAGUUUAACCAGCUGAUUAAACCAGGUGGGUGCCUCCGGGUGAUUCCUCCGAUCCGAUCCGACCCGCUCCGCACAAUGCUGCGGAGAUCCCGCAGAUCCUCCGGACCCUGAUGCUGCAGAGACCCUGAGACGCGGACAGACCGACGGAGGAGAUGCUGCCGUCCGCCGCCUCCAGGCGGGACAGAGCCGCUGCGGACGCGGACGCAGCGGAGCGGCUGCGCUCGGUGCGGGAGAGGCUGGAGGCCACCGUGUCCGGACUCGAGGAGCUGGAGUACCUGCGACAGCGGCAGGAGGUGCUGGUCCGGGCCGCACUGGAGCUCCGGGAGGAGGAGGAGCAGAGGGAGGCUCAACUGAGUUCCGAGGAGAAGCUGCUGGAGGAGAACAUCCUGCUGCUCCGGAAACAGCUGAACUGUCUGAGGAGGAGGGACGCCGGUCUCAUCACUCAGCUGCAGGAGCUGGACCGGCAGAUCAGUGACCUGCGACUGGACACCGGGGCGUCACAUGAACAGCCAGAGACCGACAGCCGGCCUAGUUCAGGUUUCUACGAGUUGAGUGACGGGGCGUCCGGCUCUCUCUCUAACUCUUCGAACUCUGUCUUCAGUGAGUGUUUCUGUUCGAUGGUGGACACUGAUGGACGCCUCCCGUCUGCAGAUGAGCUCACCAGCUGUUUGGAGUGUGAGGGUUUGGUUGGAGGACUUUGUGAUGACUCGUCUUCCUCUGGUACAGUCCGCCGCUCGUUCUCAGCUCCUCACCCACCCACCCUGGACCCUGUCUCCUCAGUGGCCUCUUGUGACUCCCAGUAUAAGUACCUCUGUGACCUGGGGUCCCGAAAUGGCAGUGACGUGUACCGCUACCCGAGCCCACUGCAUGCCGUGGCCUUCCAGAGCCCCGUCUUCCUCCAGUUGUUGGGUCACGGAGGUCACAGCAGAGAUGAGGGGCUUGUAAAAAGCGUUGAGGCUGGUGUUGAAGGACUCAGAUCAGAAUCUUCCCCUCUGUCUGCUUCUGUUUCAGCUCUUCUUGUACCUAUGAGUUCCUCUUGGCCAGCCCCCUGUUCUUCUUCUGCACAAGCUCCUUCUCAUAAGCGACUGGACAGCUACAUCUACAGUCUCCUGCAGCGGAGGGCCCUACCUGUCAGGACCAGCAGACCCAGGACCAGCAUCAGCACUGACCCAUCAAAGAGCAUCCUGAGGCAGGCAAGUCUCUGUGUGAGGCAGGUGUCUGGUCCCUGCUCUGGGUCUGGCAUGGGCUCUCUGAGGGCGUCUGAUCUGAAACCCUCCUGGCCAGCUGGAGGAGCAUCAGCAGAAAAUGCUGCAGUCUCAUCUCCUCAGAGGGUGCGGGCUCUGGAAAGUAAAUCUGAGGAGCAGGAAACCCAAAAUGUUUUCCCUGAUGGCAGCGGUGACAUGAUGCAACAUGGCUUCCAGGUGAAUAACACCGACCUGGCCCAAAACCAGAAGAGUUCUCCUGCUACAAACGGCAUCCAACAUGGCUUUUCUCACGCUAACAAGGACGUUAAUACGAGCUCUAACAGUCUGCUGAAAAAGAAAAACAAAAGGCUUCUUCCUCCCUCAGCAGUGUCUACUCUGCCUAAAGGCUUCGGGGAGCUGGGCAGUCCCAAAGCUAACUCCACCAAAGAGACCAAGCAGCCAUGUUACCCUCCAGACCUGGACCUGCUCCACAUUGUCCCACCAGUUGUUAAAACACAAUCAGCUUUUUCCAGUAACAGCCCUAAGCCUCUCCAAGCUGGCCAGACAGAGAUGGUUGAUAAGUCAGUACAGGAGGCAGCCAGUGUAGGUUCUUCCUCCCACAGUCAGGAUGAAGCAGGAGGAGGAGGAGGAGGGAGUCACAUGGUUAAUGGAGAGGACAUCCCCAACCAGCGGCAGAACAUCAGACUCCGCAAGGGCGACAGCAAGAAUGUCAAGACUGUCAAGGUGAAGACAACGAAGAUGAGUCAGGCCUCUGAACCCAAUGAGUCUAUGUCAGAAAGAAGAGGCGAUAAAUCCCACCGCAGGUCCAGUUCUAAAAAGUCCCGGCUAUCGGAAGAUGGAGGCUCUGUCCACAUUAAAGUCUCCAAGAGAGUGGCCGGUGGUGGCAGUGCACAUAGGGUGUCCUCCAGAAUCAAGCGCCUCCCUGUAUCCAUCCCAGAAGGCCGAGUUCUGGACAAACACACCACAUCAACGCUAAGCAGUGUGCGAUCGGGUGCAUCCAGGUACCAUCACCAUGGAAACCACCACCACAACAGUGGUAUCCACCACCAUCAUGGUCAUCAUCAUCAUCACCAUGGACGCGAGCAGGUAGGGGUUGUUGCCAAACCAAAGUACAAACGAAAUGAUUACAGGCGGUUACGGGCAAUCAUGGAGGCAUCGUACGACGAGGCGUUUAGGCGUGCUCAGCGGCGGCAGAAAAAGGAGCUGUUAAGCCAUUCUGCAGCCAAUGUGUACCUCCCCUGCGAUGGGCAGUUGAGCAGCCCCUACUCCUAUGUGGCAGGAAGUGACUCGGAGUAUUCCGCCGAGUGCGCAUCACUCUUUCACUCCACCAUCAUGGACACAAGUGAGGACGAGAAGUCCAACUACACCACAAACUGCUUUGGAGACAGUGAGUCCGGCGAGGAGGAGUACGUGGAGGAGAGCACUACCACAAGUGAUACUGAGGAGAGUGGAGGAGGUGGCGCUGGGGGUGGGACAGGUGGAAUGGGCAGAGGGUGGAGUCAGUUAGGGGCAGCUGGGUCCAGGGCAGCGGGUCAGGAAAUGUCUCCAGCUCAGGCAGAAGCCUUCAUCAAGAUCAAGGCCUCUCACAACCUGAAGAAGAAGAUCCUUCGUUUCAGGUCAGGUUCUCUCAAACUCAUGACCACCGUGUGAGUCAGCACGAGGCGUGACCUGCCGCCACCCUGCCAAACUGAACCAGAGCCAUAUCUGUUGGGGUGCCUUACCCAUGCACUUCUGGUGUACCUGAACUGAAACCGACUUCUUUGCUUUUGUGCUGCAUGGUCCACAAAUGAAGUGGAAAAAGCACUUCUUUACUCUGACACUUAAACCAAACCCAAACUUCUUUAGCCUGAGAGACAAAGCCGAACCAGUCAUCCAUCUUUGUUAAAGCAUGUGUGACAUUCUCCAGGCUGACCCACAACAUGAAAACAAAGUGAGAAAAAAAAUAGUUUUUCUUGAUGUACUAACUCCGUCACAUCCCAUUUGAUCAGGAUUGUUUAGUCAGGAGAUACUUUUCAAACACAGCCUCCCUCGUUUAGCAGUCAAGUCCACCUGAAAGACGCAGGGUCGUGGUCGUCAGGAGUAGAAAUUAUCUCAGUGCUCUCACACGUUGUGACUUAUGGAAGUUGUCACCUCUGUUGCCUUCUCCUCUUUUAUCCUUCAGUACGACGUUUAGAUGGUAAAAGGGAUCAAGGAGGAAUCUUGGUGGUGUACAUUUUGUUGUUACUAUUCUUGCAGCAGUACUCUCAGUAAGCUACAUAAACAACCAUAUCAUGUCAACUUCUGGUUUUCAACGUGGAUGUUUGAGGCUCCCUGGUAGCUCACCUGGUAGCUCACCUGGUAGCUCACCUGGUAGCUCACCUGGUAGCUCCUGUGGCCUGGAUUUGAUUCCGACCCCGAGCCCUUUGCUGCAUGUCGUCCCCUCUCCCUCCCCCUGUCCUGUCUCUCAGCACAAGCUGCAGCACAUACCACAGCACUUGUCCAUGCAACCAAAGUGUAUUUCUGCAAAUUUCUGGUUCUUAUAAGCAGCCAAUCAAACAAGCCCCCAGCUUCCAUCCUCCUGCCUUCAGGACAAAUGCAGAAUUAGAUGCUUUUUGGAAACUGCUGUUUGUAAAGAGGUGAAGGGUCGAUUUGAAGUUCAGGCUUAGCCAAUCAAAUCACCCUUUUUCACUCCUCUGUCUCUUUCAUGGCCACUAUGUGCCUCAGCUGACAUAAACCCAGCUGUUAGUCAGACCCGAGAGAAGAAUGGUGGUCUCCGUCUGCUUCAAACUAAAUAAUUUGUAUGACAUGUAGUGUAUCCACGUCUGCAGUCGGAGUGUUUCUGUCUGUUGUUGUGUCCACACUUGAAGGCGGGGAAGCCUCCUUAGCCUUGAACAAAAGCCUCCCCUCCUUCAACAAAUGAUCCAAUCAAAAUCUCAGACUAACGCCUGAGCAGCAAACUGAGGCUCAGUGUCUUUGUGGUGUGGACCUCACAUGUUAACAUGAAAAAUGACAGAAACAGUUGUGUGAAGAACAGAAAGAGAGCUGAGAGAGAAGUUUGAACCUGCCGACAUCCUCCUGUCCACACAGCUGAGCAGUCACUGUGUGAAGAGUCUGACGCAUGCUGAGGCCUUUAAUGCUUCUACUGGACUCUGGCAGACAGGUUCUUCAGAGAGAUCUUCAGGAAGUUCUUCAGGUGGUUCUCAGAUGUUUCUUAAGAUGUCUCUUGAUGUCUCCAGAGGGUUCUUUAGAAGGUUGUCUGGAAGGUGUAGGUUGGGUUGAGGGUUCAGGUUGCAUCUCGCUGCAGUCAUCUCUUUAUUUUCUGCACUUAGAGACUACGAGACAAACUGUCAGCAGGCAGGACGGACGUGGAACCUCGUUGAUCUGUUAGUUGUAUGUAGCCUUGUUUUGUAUUUAUUAUCACAUGAACUUUGCCCUUUGUUGUAGUGCGCUGACACAGCAUGCCUAACGUCUGUAAAUGCUUCUCUUUUCACUUGACUCCUGAUUUUAUGUGCUGUUUUUGUUGAAAGCUAUUUAAAACCUAAUAUAUUUGCUUGGUGCACAUCGGAUACAGACAUGGUACUGAAAGAACAUUUUACAUUCGUACACUGAGACUGACGUGUCUUUCUUCACACUUCCACCACUCUUAUAACUGACUGAUACAGCAGUUAGAUGUUUGGGUGAAACACAGACCAACAUUUGUUGUUUUUUUCAGACGUUUUUAUUUUUCUGUGCUCAUCCUGCUUUCACAUCAGUAGAACCUGUUUCUCCUCAGCGGCUGAGGCCAUUUUUAUAAAGUAAAUUAAAUUUAGUUGGAUCAUCCAGCAGAACGUUGUCAUCAUUUUAAAAUCACAAUGUGUUAUUGGUCCUUUACCAGUCUGGUACGACGUGAAAUAAAGCCACUGAAAAUGGAUGUCUGAAAAAAUGCAAACAAAUCUAGCCUAGCCAACACAGCCAGGUGUCUCACCUCAUAAUCUAGCCUAGCCAACACAGCCAGGUGUCUCACCUCAUAAUGUAGCCUAGCCAACACAGCCAGGUGUCUCACCUCAUAAUGUAGCCUAGCCAACACAGCCAGGUGUCUCACCUCAUAAUGUAGCCUAGCCAACACAGCCAGGUGUCUCACCUCAUGUCAAACAGAGACAGUCCAGUUCGAACUUUAGUUCAUCAGUGAAAGGAACAACUGAAAUGAAGGCAGACUUUCUGUUUCAGGGUGUGUUUAGCCUAGCUGAGCGCAAGACUGUAAGCAGGUGGAAACAGCUAGCCUGAGUAGCUACAAAACUGCUAGUUCAACCAAUAUUAUAUUAUGUGUUUUGGUCUGUGUUUACAGCUACAUGGUUAUUGUUAUGGUAGCUACAAACAGUUAGCAUAUAGACUAAGAUACUGUAACAGCUACCUAUUAACAGUUAGUAUAUCAAAUGUUAUGAUAGCUGUUUUUAGCUAACUGGUGUAUGAUGUUUUAGCCUAGCUUAGCACAAAGACUGGAAGCAGGGGGAAACCAGUGGGCUGCCACAUCAUGGACCGUCAAAAUAUUCAUAAGUCACUGUUAGUCCAGCUCCGUCAAAAGAGAACAUACAGAUCUACUUGUUGUAGACAUGUUUGCAACAGCAGUUAGCAUUGAAGCUCAAACUAUUUGAGUGUUCUGUUCUCACGGGUUGUUUUCUCUUCAGCUAGCAGCUAACGUGCUAACAAAAGUUUGCUGAUUAGCAUCCAAAGCCAUGAAUUGUUUGUUGUCAGGUCAAUCUAAAUAUCUGAAUAUCUAUAAAUAGUCAGAAAACAAUUUGUACACGAUGGGUACAGUAGCAUCUACAGCUAGCUACUCGCCCCUGUUGCUGGUAAUGUGUCAUUAUGUUACAUAUAAACCAUGCGGCAGGUUUUCAGGCUGGCAGUUUCAUGCUUCUUGGCUUUGUGCUAUGCUAGGUUAACCAUGUCCUGAUGUCCAUCUUGUCAUGUGACUCUGAGGAUUUCAUUAAAUGACGGUUUAACAUUGAAACUGUGCGUUCGGUUCAGGCUGACAGCUGUUUAAAUUGGUCGUUUUCGUCUGUUCUGGUCUGAGUUGACAUCUUGCACAUAUAAAUAGCUCCCACGAAGCUUUAAAAAGCCACAUAAAGCCUCUUUUCAGCUGUCGGGUGUUGUUUCUAUUUCGAGUAGCUGGAAAACUGUUUGUAUUAAAAACUUCAGUAUUUAACAGCCAAGAGCCUUUAACCAGAAAAUCUGUGUUCUGCUUCACAGUGGCUGGAUGGUUCCAGUGGUUCCUGUAAAUGAUGAAGACUGUUCCUCAUGUGUGUCUGUAUAUAUACUGUUUGUUUAUGCCAACAGGCUACUGGUGCGCAACCUUUUUAUGCUUCAUUAAAUG